UAAAGGGAGGAGGACGAUAAGCAGCAGCUCUGCACUGCUGGCCAUGUUUAGAGCCUCUUGGCCAUCCUGCACUGCCACAAACAAUGCCUGCUUCUGCUAAAUUUAAAUCUGGACAACUUAUCAUCCUGCGCUCACUACACCACACUCACUCUCACUCUCAUUCUCUCUCUCACACACACACACACACACACACACACUCACACAGACCCUGGAUCCUCACAGGGAAAAAUAACAGGACCUCAGGUAUAAAGGUUCAGGUACCUCCUCAGGAAAAUGGGACAAUCAGACACUCCAUUCUUCCAUCGUUUCACACUAAAACUCGCUCUGUUCUUCAUAUUUUUAUCCCAUGAGCUCCAACAUGUUGCUGCUGGAGGCUCCAAGCUUCAUGAAGCUUCAGUUCCAGCCAAUAGCACAGAAACCUGCUCAGGUAGUUAUAAGUGUAAAGAAGGAGUGAUCCUGCCAGUAUGGAGGCCAGUAAACCCAUCGUUUGGAGACAAGAUGGCGAGAGCCGCCAUCUAUUUUGUUGCUCUGGCAUAUAUGUUCCUCGGGGUCUCGAUCAUCGCAGACCGUUUUAUGGCAUCCAUUGAGGUCAUCACAUCACAAGAGAAGGAAAUCACCAUCAAGAAGCCGAACGGGGAAACCACAACCACGAUGGUACGGAUCUGGAAUGAAACCGUGUCCAAUCUGACCCUAAUGGCGUUGGGAUCAUCUGCUCCAGAGAUCCUGCUCUCUGUCGUUGAGGUUUGUGGACAUAACUUUGAUGCAGGUGAGCUGGGGCCAAAUACCAUUGUGGGCAGCGCCGCCUUCAACAUGUUUGUCAUUAUUGGACUUUGCGUUUCCGUCAUUCCAGACGGUGGCCACCGCAAAGUGAAACACCUCAGAGUGUUCUUCGUAACUGCAGCUUGGAGUAUAUUUGCUUACACCUGGCUGUACCUGAUCCUGGCUGUGAUUUCUCCAGGUGUGGUGGAGGUGUGGGAGAGUCUCCUGACACUCUUCUUCUUCCCCAUAUGUGUGGUGUUCGCAUGGGUUGCUGACCGCAGACUUCUAUUCUACAAAUAUGCUUAUAAAAGGUACAGAGUUGGGAAGCAGCGAGGAAUGAUCAUUGAGACUGAAGGAGAACCGGAACUCCAGUCCAAAACAGACAUAGAAAUGGACGGACAGAUGCUCAGCUUUCUCGAUGGAACUGUGGAUACGGCUGUGGAGAUGGACGAGGAGGAAACCAAGAGAGAAAUAGCAAGGAUUUUAAAGGAACUGAAACAAAAACAUCCAGAAAAAGACAUGGAGCAGCUUGUGGAGAUCGCCAACUACCAACUUCUCAGCCAGCAGCAGAAGAGUCGAGCAUUUUAUCGCUGCCAGGCCACGAGGCUCAUGACCGGUGCAGGAAACAUCCUGAAGAAACAUGCAGCAGAUCAGGCCAGAAGAGCACUCGGCACCUAUGAACUACGAUCUGAAGUUUCAGAAAACGAUCUCUCCUCAAAGAUCUUCUUUGAUCCUGGUUCAUACCAGUGUUUGGAAAACUGUGGCUCAGUAGCUCUGAAUGUGGUCCGACGUGGAGGCGACUUGACCAGCACGGUUUCUGUGAACUACAGAACAGAAGAUGGCACUGCCAAUGCAGGCUCAGAUUACCAGUUCAGUGAGGGAGUCAUCACCUUCAAACCGGGUGAGACAGAGAAAGAAAUCCGAGUGGAAAUAAUCGAUGAUGACAUCUUUGAAGAAGAUGAGCAUUUCCUGGUCCACCUGAGCAACGUCAGGGUUCUGUCUGAGGGAACAAACCAUGAGGAUUUGAUGUCCAAUCACAUGGACAGUCUGGCAGGACUGGGACUUCCAUCCACCGCCACAGUGACGAUCUUUGAUGACGAUCAUGCUGGGAUCUUUAUGUUUGAGGAACCAGUGAUGCAUGUCAGCGAGAGCAUCGGGGUGAUGGAGGUGAAGGUGGUGAGGAUGUCUGGGGCUCGAGGUGUCGUUGUGAUUCCAUAUAAAACCAUUGCAGGGACGGCGAAAGGGGGAGGUGAGGAUUUUGAGGAUACCUACGGAGUCCUGGAGUUCCAGAAUGAUGAGAUCUCGAAAAGCAUCAGAGUUAAAAUCGUUGAUCAUGAUGAGUACGACAAGCAGGCGAACUUCUACAUCCAGCUGCAGGAGCCUGAGUGGAGGAGGAGAGGAUGGACAGCUGUCUUACUGCAUGAGUGUGGUGGCUUCGUAAAAACAGAUAAGCAGAUGUUUGGUAGAGAUGUGUACCGGAAGGUGCAGGGUAGAGACAACCCAAUCCCCUCUGACAUCAUCACCAUCACAGAUGAAGCAGUGAAGCAUUCUCUCUCUCAGAAGGAGGAGGAGGAGAUGAGAAUCGCUGAGCUGGGACGGCCAUCUUUAGGAGAAAACUCUCGACUGGAAGUUAUCAUUGAGGAGUCCUACGAGUUCAAGAGCACCGUAGAUAAAUUAAUAAAGAAAACAAACUUGGCUCUAUUGGUGGGGACAAACAGCUGGAGAGAGCAGUUUGUGGAGGCCAUUAUAGUCAACUCAGGAGAUGAUGGUGAUGAUGAUGAGUGUGGAGAAGAGAAGAUGCCGUCAUGUUUUGAUUACGUCAUGCACUUCCUGACCAUCUUCUGGAAGGUGGCGUUCGCGUUCGUUCCUCCCACUGACUACUGGAAUGGCUGGGCGUGUUUCAUCGUCUCCAUCUGCAUGAUCGGCCUGCUCACGGCCUUUAUCGGAGACCUCGCCUCACACUUCGGCUGCACCGUUGGCCUCAAGGACUCGGUCACUGCCGUCGUGUUCGUCGCCCUCGGCACCUCCGUCCCCGACACGUUUGCGAGUAAGGUGGCAGCAAUACAGGAUCAGUAUGCGGACGCGUCCAUCGGGAAUGUGACGGGUAGUAACGCCGUGAACGUGUUCCUGGGUAUCGGUGUGGCCUGGUCCAUUGCUGCCAUCUUUCAUCAGUGGCAUGGUAAGGAUUUUAAAGUGGCACCGGGAACACUCGCCUUCUCUGUCACACUCUUCACCAUCUUCGCCUUUGUGUGCAUCGCCGUGCUUAUGUACCGGCGCCGACCCAACAUCGGGGGUGAGCUGGGGGGGCCGUGGGGGGCCAAGAUCCUCACCAGCGGCCUGUUCUUCAGCCUGUGGCUCCUCUACAUCAUCCUUUCCUCACUCGAGGCCUACUGCAUCAUCAAGGGCUUCUGAACGAACACACACACACACUCACACACAGAACAUCCUAACUUUAUUUAAAUAUUAUAAAGACAGGAAGUGAUAUCAUUAUCAUGUUGUUCAGGACUCUUUUAGAGACAGUCUUUUAAAAUGAAGAAUAAACAACAUAAUCAAUUUUUUUAGGCUAGAAAAAAAUCGAGAGACGUCUGAAGCAGCUACUAAUGCUGUUAGUGUUGACGUGUUAAGGUGUGGGUGUGUCAUGAUGAGCACCUACAUCCUGUCACAUGACUGAGCAAAUUCAGCUUUGACCUUGUCAUGAGAAAUAUCUCACUCACUCAUGUUCAGACUUUUCUACGACUUUGAGAGAAUAAAUUCUGCACGUAUCUGACUCUUAAAUUUCUUCACCGUUCUGACAGAGAGAAUGUUCCAGCAGCCUCACUGCUGACGAGCUCACUGAUCCUGCUGUCAAUCAUUCUGAGGUGUGACACGCCCACACUGCUCUGAUUAGGGGGAAAUUUGAAUUUCUAUAGUGUUUAACUAAAAUUAAAUUAUAGUUAACUAUCUGUGUUUCUUGAAUCCACUGUAGGAACAUUAGGAACUUUUAGCUUCACAAUGAUUAUUUUAUUUUUAUGCAUUUAAAAUCAUGUGAAAUUCCUUCAGGGUUUAAUCUGUGAUGUGUUAAAUGUCUGAUGUGUCCAGUAGGUACGUCCUGCUCAUUGUUCUGCAGUGAGCUGAUGUUAAACCUGAUCUGAGUGCUGACGUUUGUUUUGAAUGUAUGAAUACACACACAUCUAACUCCGCCCCCUCAUUCUAACUCCACCUCCUAUGGAACCAAAAAAAACACAGAUAACGUUUCGAAAUGGGGAAAUAAACAAACCACUAGUCUUUGAUUCCAUUCAAUUCUCAUGUGCAUAAAGUUUAUUCAUAAUGUCACUCAACUUUGUCAUUUACCUUGCCCACUUAUUCUCACAGUUGCUCCGCCUCCUGUGGCUGUAAAUAUCUUCCAGGCACUUUAUCAUGUUAUGCCACUGCUGAUGACACUAACCCCACCCCUUCAUUCUAACCCUGCCCCUUAUCAUAGCCCUGCCCACAAACAUGACCCCACCAAUUAAUUCUAACCCUAACCCUGUUUACUGUAAGGAUGUGACUUUAUUCUGUUUGAUAUGUCGAACAUUCUGUGUGUGUGUGUGUGUGUGUGUGUGAUGAGACAGAAAGACUGAAGAAUUAAAAAGCCAUACAUGCGAUCAGGUGCAGGAGUCUGAGAGCACUAAUAACAGCUGCUUAUAUUUCAGGGGACACACACACACACACACAGGGUUCUGUCACACUUUUGGGUAUUGCGAGUGAAAUUCGUACUUUUCUCUUAUCUGAUCUGAUUCGGUUGCACUUUGUCAUUGCAAGCAAAUUCUUCUUUAGUGUUCUGCCUGAUGGCAGGUCUGGCUCUGACGUCCAUCACAGUUUCUAGGGAACCUUACAGUCGUGGUUUCCCGUUGCCUUCGACUGGAUUAUUAUAGAGGUUUUCUCCUCUCAACCAUUCACACCUACGCUCAAUUUAGACCCCGUCCACACGUAGCCGGGUAUCUGCUAAAUCGAAGAUAUUUUUCUACGUUUUGGCCUGUCAUCCACAUGAAAACACAUCAAAAACGAAUAUUUAAAAAAACUCCGGGCAAAGUGAAGAUUUUUGAAAACUCCGUGUAUGCCUUUUCGUGUGGACAGAGAUAACCGGAGGUUUGCGUUUUAGAACGUCACAAUCUGCGCCAAAAAAAUGACAACAAAUCUGCCCUGACGUCAAACGUGCGACCUUUGUUUACUGCAGAAGCCAGAUUAAGCAUGGACUUAAGCUAGCCGCACACUACGGCGAUCCACGCGGUACCGAACCGACCCAUUUCAGAGCCGACUCCCGACUGUUAACGAGUGCAGUCGCGAUUGAAGCGACACGUGACAACUUAAUAGCUUUGUGAUUGGCUAUUGGAUAUAGUUACUGUUAAAUCCAACACUUGAAGAUGCUACAGGCUGAAUUACAAAUGACACAACACGGAAUAUGUAGCGCACUAUCUAGGCUGCAUGAGCUAUUAUUCCCAACCUUAAAUAGUGCACUUAUAUAGGGGAGUUAAAGCGAUUUGGAAUUCAGCCACACAACUUGAGCAGAGUGGCUUUCCAGCCCACUGUGUCUAUGGAUAAAGCUUCAGUCUAUGGAAUUACAGUAUAUACCUGCAUUAGGUGCUACCAACACGUAGUUCUCGCGCUAGAAAUUGUGUUUAAUGAUGUCACGUGUUAUAUGCGAAAGAUAUGAUUGGCUAUUGCUCGCGACUCUCGCCGAUCAGUCUGGCUCCCGAUUAGUUUUUUGAAUCGGCUGUGAGAUGAGUCGGUACCAUCGAAAACUAGUCUUUACGCCUGACUCGCGACUUCAGUUGGCUCUGUACGCUGAAAAUCGGCGUAGUGUGCGGCUAGCUAAAGAGUAAUGGAUCGGAGGAGUGCCUUGAAAGCGUUAAUUAUUGUGCAGGUGCUAUUUACAUGUUUAAUUUUAGAAGCCCAACUACUGCUCCAAGAGCACAGGCGAUGUGAUUAGGGGGUAGGAUUUGGGGAAAUAACCAUCUACAGGUUUGGAAUGCUUAUGAAUGUGAUUGAAAACGCAGAUGUUCGGUUAUGUGUGGAAGGGAUUUUUUUUCGAAGACGAGGUGGUGUGGAUAAAACAUUUUUAUAAACGGAGGGGGGGAAAAUGUUCGGUUUUAAAAAUACCCGGCUACGUGUGUACAUGGCAUUAGAGUCACCAGUUAACCAAACUGCAUGUCUUUGGACUGUGGAGGAAACCGGAGCACCCGGAGGAAACCCACGCGGACACGGGGAGAACAUGCAAACUCCGCACAGAAAGGCCCUCGCCGGCCCCGGGGCUCAAACCCAGAACUCUCCUGCAGUGAGCCAUCAGUGCACCAUGCUGCCCACAAGCAAAUUAACACAUGAGAAAACUGCAGAAGGGGGCGGGGCUAAAGUGUAUUAUUUAUUGUGCAGAAAUGUAUAAAUUUAAUAAGAUUUGUAGAGCUUCAUGAAAAAAACACCAAUAGUUUGUGACAUUUUCUCUAUUACUGUAACUUUAUCAGAAAAUACUUCCAGUAUAAAUCAAUGGGCUGCUGAUUAUCUUAUGAGCUUAUCAGGACACGCCUCCGGCUUUCCAAUUAUAUGAAGCAUGAAUAGCGGGGCGUGGGCAAAUGAAGUGCGCAUGCGCAGAAACUCAGCCGGACAUCUGGCUAGAUCAGGCAGUCGGUGCUUAAUAAUUAAAUAAUGUACAACAUUUAAUUUAAGAUAUCAGUCGUUUUGUGUUCUUUCCUCGUUCCAGAUGUCCUAAAUCACAUUUCCGCGGCUUUUCAGUUUUGCGGCUCACAUCAAAGAAAAGAAAAACCCCGCCCUCGGCAUGUUUGAUUCACUUCCUGCAGCUGAGUCGAUUCAGAGUCGAAUCGCGCUCGAACUUGCUUGGAAAACACACAGGGUUCGAUUCAAACCGCUUGAUGAACACUGCACUGAGCACUGGGCGUGUUUAACCGGGGGGCGGGGCUAGUGGGGUCAUGGUUUAGUGAGUUAGUGCUCUCACACUAGUGAACCUGACUCAGUGUGCAUGUUUCAACACAGUGGUUUUAUAAAAUGUACAUAGUGUACAGCAGGGUUCUGACUUUAAAUAUACACAAUAUUUAUGAAUAAUCUGAGACAGCUUUAUUAAACACACUACCGUUCAAAAGUUUGGGGUCGCUUUGAAAUGUGCUUAUUUUUGAAAGAAAAGCACUGUUCUUUUCAAUGAAGAUCACUUUAAACUAAUCAGAAAUCCACUCUAUACAUUGCUAAUGUGGUAAAUGACUAUUCUAGCUGCAAAUGUCUGGUUUUUGGUGCAAUAUCUCCAUAGGUGUAUAGAGGCCCAUUUCCAGCAACUCUCACUCCAGUGUUCUAAUGGUACAAUGUGUUUGCUCAGUCAGUGCGCAUGCACAUCCAAAUCGAGCUACUGUCGGUAAUCGAGCUAAGGGUCCCAGCAGGGUGCCAGAGAAAUCCAAUCCUACAUGCACACAAGGAAAUCGAGCUAUUGUGUGAGGUACAUUGUGCACCCGAGCCACAGGUGGCGCUACACGCCCCAUCGUGUUGGUACACUUCCGGUUGUCGUCAUGAAGAAGAGCUAUUCAAGAGUAUAAACAAAGUUCUCCUUGUUCCUCCUGACCUCUUCUGCUGCUCGCUACUACUACUGUUGUCAUGCCGACCGAGGCUGUUGUGUUUCCCGCUUGUGGUCUCGUCACUCCCGGAAGGGGCAGUGCUGAAGUAAGUAGCUCGACUCCGUAGCUCGAUAGGGUUUACAUGCACUAAGUAGCUCGGCUACAAUCGCAUAAUCUAGGUCGCGUAGCUCGAUUACGAGAAAUCCAGUUCGGUUCGAUUUCAGCCGAGCUAAGGUGUUUCCAUGGCAUUUAGAACUUCGAUUCCAGUCGAGCUACAGCAGAAAUUCGAUUUUCUCUAUGUGCAUGUAAACGCACUGAUUGCCUCAGAAGGCUAAUGGAUGAUUAGAAAACCCUUGUACAAUCAUGUUAGCACAGCUGAAAACAGUUGAGCUCUUUAGAGAAGCUAUAAAACUGACCUUCCUUUGAGCAGAUUGAGUUUCUGGAGCAUCACAUUUGUGGGGUCGAUUAAAUGCUCAAAAUGGCCAGAAAAAUGUCUCGACUAUAUUUUCUAUUCAUUUUACAACUUAUGGUGGGAAAUAAAAGUGUGACUUUUCAUGGAAAACACAAAAUUGUCUGGGUGACCCCAAACUUUUGAACGGUAGUGUAAAUAUGGGCUUUAAUAUCAUACAUCACUGCUGUGUGACAAUAAACGAGCUGUUCAUGAACACUUUAUAAUGGCUGUGUCCUAAAUGCUGGUGUUUAAUCCAGGAGUUUUUUUAAUAAAAUAUUUAUUCUCACUGUGGUAAAGUCAGAACAACACUGUUGCUAGGCAACUGGACACUACACUGAAGGAGGCUAACAGUGGCGCUAACACACAGCAGUGUUUGACCAUCCAGACCCUGGAAAGACACAGUGAGAGUGAGACAGAUCCAUCAGGAAGCUCGACAUUUACCUCAGAUGCGAUGGUAAAAUUACUAAGCAAACACUAACCUUGCACUGAGUCCAGUUAGCAUGGAGUGUUAGCCUCCUCCAGGUUCUGAGAAACACCUCCUCAUGGUGCUGCGAGCCCUCAGGCUCCUUGUUCCUCAGAGGAAUGGGUUGCAGUGAUUUGGGAGAAGUGAAAUAAAGGAUACUGGUUAAAUAAGGGCGGUGUUCAAAGCUUUAAUGACCACAGUGAUGAUGUCACACUGUAUAUGUUUGUUUUGUUGGGUUUGAGUGUGAGCUGUGUUGAAGUUUCUCCUGCAGUAAAGAUGAUUAAAGAUCAUGUUGAGUGUGA